CCCUACCAGACCAAAACAUACAAAGUCCACGUCUGUGAUAUAGGCCAAGGGGUGUGACAUGACCGAACGAGCAAGUUGUCAUAUUCAGUCGUCCUGGACGCUCGAACAGUGAACUCUACAACUUUUACCGCGCGUCUAGCGUCUUCCUAGAUAGACACAGAACCACAUUCUUGUAGGACCAAGACUUGUACGUCAGAAAAAUGGGGGAGGCAGACGACAGUAAGGUGACAGGCGCGAUGGCCCUGGCUGAAGCCCUGAAGGCGCAGGGAGUGGAGUACGCGUUCGGCAUCGUGGGGAUCCCGGUAGUGGAGGUGGGGAUGGCGCUGCAGCAGGCCGGGAUUCACUAUGUCGGCAUGAGGAACGAACAGUCGGCCUGCUACGCCGCUCAGGCCAUCGGAUACCUGACCGGACGGCCCGGCGUGUGCCUGGUUGUGUCCGGUCCGGGCAUCCUGCACGUGAUUGGUGGGAUGGCGAAUGCCACGGUGAACUGCUGGCCGCUGCUGGUGAUUGGUGGAGCCUGCGACGAGGACCAGGAGGGCAUGGGGGCCUUCCAGGAGUAUCCACAGGUGGAAAGCAGCAGGCUCCACUGUAAGUACGCUGCGAGGAUUCCCGGAGUGCGAGACAUCCCAUUCUUCGUGGAGAAGGCAGUGCGGAACAGCAUGUACGGCCGGCCGGGCGCGUGUUACCUCGACCUUCCUGGGCAGCUGGUCAACAAGCAGGUGGGGCAGUCUCAGCUCCGCACGGUGCCAUGCUGUCCACCCCCGCCGAAGGUGUUGGCAGAUCCCGCUGCAGUGGUGAAGGCAACAUCAGUGCUAACAAGGGCACAGCGACCUCUGGUGAUUAUUGGGAAAGGUGCUGCGUUCUCCCGUGCGGAGGGUAGUAUACGACAGUUCGUGGAGAAGACGGGUCUCCCCUUCCUGCCAACCCCCAUGGGGAAGGGCGUCGUCCCUGACGACCAUCCGCUCUGCAUGUCUGCUGCCAGGUCCCGUGCCCUGCUGCAGGCAGAUGUGAUCCUGCUGCUGGGAGCCAGGCUAAACUGGAUGCUGCACUUCGGCCUCCCUCCAAGGUUCAACGCAACAGUCAAGACCAUACAGGUUGACGUGUGUCCAGAGGAGAUGGGAAACCCGCGGCCUGCCGAGGUGGCGCUGGUGGGAGACCUGGACUGUGUGGUGAAACAGCUGAACCAAGCCAUGGACGAACAUCACAGAGGCUGGAGGUUUGCAGCGGAGAGCCCGUGGUGGGUGAACCUGAAACAGAAAGCCGACCUGAACCGGAGGAUCACUCAGGAGAUGGCCCAAAGCACCAAGCUGCCAAUGAACUACUACUCCGUCUUCCAGAACGUGAUUGAAGCCAUCCCGCCGGACGCCAUCAUCGUCAGCGAGGGCGCCAACACGAUGGACAUCGGGCGCACCAUGUUGCUGAACCGCCUGCCACGGCGCCGCCUUGACGCCGGGACGUUCGGCACGAUGGGGGUCGGACUCGGGUUUGCUAUCGCUGCAGCACUGUACGCGCGCGACCACCUCCCGGGGACGAAGGUCGUGUGUGUGGAGGGUGACAGCGCGUUCGGGUUCUCUGGGAUGGAGGUGGAGACCGUGUGCAGGUAUCAGCUUCCGAUCCUGUUCAUUGUGGUGAACAACAACGGGAUCUACGCUGGGCUGGACCAGGAGACCUGGGGACACAUGGAGCGGGCGGGGACUCAGCUGACUCUGGUCAGCCCUCCCACAUCCCUACUGCCUAACGCUCGCUACGAACAGGUGUUGGCAGCGUUUGGAGGGAAAGGCUACUUUGUAGCGAACCACGAGGAGUUGCGAAGGGCCCUCCAGUCGGCAACGACAGACAACCGCGCCUCGCUGAUCAACGUGAUGAUCGAGCCAACGUCUUCGCGCAAACAGCAAGACUUUGACUGGCUCACACGCUCUGGUCUGUGAUAUUUGCAGACUGAAAUAUUAGGAAGUUAAGCUAGUCUCUAAGCCUGUGUAAUGGCAAAGUUGUACCAAAAUUAUUCAAGCUUCCAGAGCAAUGGGAAAGUCAGGAUUUUGAAUGGCUCAGACACUUGAUGUUCUAGCAGAAAAAGGCAAAAUUUGUAGUCUCCAAGCAGAGGUUCAGCUCUUUC